AUGGGUCGACUAGGGGGCCCAGUCUUGCGCGGCAAGACCGGUUGCCUCUGCUGCCGCCGGAGGAGAAAGAAGUGUGAUGAAGGGAAGCCCAGCUGUAACGCCUGCCGACGAAACUUCCUCAUCUGCGUCUGGCCUGGGUGUGCCUACACGACGGUCACAGCCACAUCUUCCAGUGCGCCGGACAACAACGGUACAGAUCGGGCCCGCUGGUCCUCAGCGACCAAAGACGAUACUGGUGGGUGUGGACAGCAUGCCGGUGCCGAAGCCGUCGAUAUGGCGCUGCUCCAACUUUCGCCGGGGGAUGGCAUCGACGAUCCGAUCUUGACGAGCUUGCCACCAGAUUCCCGAAUCCUCCUGGAGCACUAUUAUCAUCGCACUGCGGACGUCAUGUCCCCUCUCCCAAAGGCCUCGAAUCCCUAUGUCACCCAGUUGCUCCCGAUCAGUUGUUCGAAUGACCUAAUUUUGCAGACCCUCCUGGUCCUUAGUGGUGUUCAUUACGAGGAGGACGUCUCGAGAGCCUGUCAAGCCGCAACAUGGGCACACUACGGGCGGCUGAUGAAGAGCCUGAAAACCGAAUUGACAAGACACGUCACUUGCGCAGAGUCUACGGUGGUGCCUCUACUUAUCGCAACAAUGAUGCUGUCGUUUAUCGAGAAUGCUCGACUAGAUAGUCAGAACGCGAUGAAUACUCAUCUCAAAGCAUCACGGCAGCUGUUACUGACCGCUUUAGAGCUGCCAGGAUCUGUUUUAGAUGACGUUACUCGCGGAUUUCUGAUUGAGACAUAUGCAUACACCAUAAUUCUGUCUGAUCUCUCGAUAAGUGCAAGGCACAACAAUAUGCACAUGCUGGGACAUGCCGUAAUUUUGCUCCGCUCCACGAGGGCACUUUCCGAAUCAAUCACGUACGGAUUUCCCAUCGACCUCUUUCAGCUUAUCCCGGAAGUGUCGGUGCUGGUCAAGAGCUGUGAACGUGAACUUGAACUCUCCGGCGCAAUAUCCAAAGACACCACAUCUGCGAUCUCCAAGCUUCGCGGAACUAUUCGAUCUUGGAAGUCACACUCGACGUCUUCAAACACAAUCAUAACCGCGAAGAUCUACCAGCAAGCACUUCUGCUAUAUCUCGACUGCGCGGACAGCACAGACGCGCAAAUCUAUGACACGAUGUCGGAUCUGGAAUAUGCGGCUUCAAUUCAGAAAGCCUUUGAAAUCCUGGGGCUCCUACUCGAAUGUCUUCCCACGUCUGCACCAAUAUCGACUAUCCUUUGCUGGCCUCUGGCCAUCUUCGGGUCUGCAGCCAUAUCGCCGGCUCAUCAGGCCAUCAUCCGGGAACGAUUCAUCCACUUACAUAAAACGUCCGGAUUGCGCCACGUCAAGGAAACACUCCGCAUGCUGGAAUUGUUAUGGAGUUCGCUCGCACAAGUUAAACACGCUACCAAUGGGACAUUAGUCCUUUAUCCUCAACCAACCGAUGACCCAGACGACCCUUUGAACUGGUCCUGCAUGCGAAAAAGUGUCAAUUUCGGCAUCGUCACCUACUACUCGCUCAUCGUGUUUGCUAUACUAGCAAUCAAUCCCGUGGUCUGGCAAGACUACAACGCGUUAUAUGGAAUUUCCUACGCUCAGCUCAAUUACACAUUUGCAGCCCAGUGUAUUGGAAUGGCCUUUGGCUGCAUUUUCUUCAUCCCAUUCGCCCUAAAGUACGGACGAAAACCAGUGUACAUUGCUAGCACAUUUGUGGUGUUUCUUACAGCGGUGUGGCAAGCGUGUUUGCGUGAUUUGCCGAACAUGAUUGCGGCAAACCUGGUCUCCGGGUUAUUUGGCGCAGUCGGGGACACAUUGGUGCAGAUGACGGUCGCAGAUGUAUUUUUUCUGCACCAGCGCGGUACGAUGAAUGCCAUCUAUGUGCUCUUCAUCAAUAUCGGGUCUCUUUUAGCUCCCGUUGCUGCUGGCUAUAGUGCGCACUCGCAAGGCUGGCCCUGGAUCUUCUGGUGGUGUUCCAUACUCCUUGCGAUCAAUCUCCUGUUGUUCAUAUUCUGUUACGAAGAGACCAAGUACAUGAUUGUACUUGGUGCUGAGCCACAAGGUUCCUUUGAAACCAAAAAAACCACCGACGAUACUAUUUCCAUGCAGAAGAACAUGGAGCAGCCUACAGAGGUGGUAAAUGCAAAGACUGCAACCAUUUCUGACACGCAAACAUCGACUGAUCGUCCACAUUUGUCGCCGAAGUCUUACUGGCAACGUAUCAUUCACGUCUCACAAAGCCCUGGAAGCUUCAAGACUUUUCUCCGCCAUACCUAUCAACCUUUUUUCAUUCUUGCGACAUUCCCGGCAGCGACAUACACGGCCCUCCAAUACGGUACCUUGCUAUCCUGGUAUUCAGUCAUUGCAGUCACGCAAACAGAAUACUUUGCAGCUCCACCAUACAACUUUAGCACCGUGGGGAUUGGCCUCUUGAGCCUGCCGCCUUUUAUUGGAUGUCUUUUUGGUGCAGUCUACUCCGGACCCUUCAGCGAUUGGUCAAUUCAGUGGUUCUCGAAGCGCAACAAUAACAUAUAUGAACCAGAAAUGCGUCUCUACAUCGCCAUUCUGCCGGUCCUAGCGGGCCCUGCGGGCCUGUUUCUGUACGGUUAUAGCUUGUCAAAUGGUGCGCCCUGGAUAAUCCCGUGCAUCGGCUACGGGGUGUAUGGAUUUUCACAAGCCUCGAUGUUUGGCUUGAGCUUGACAUACCUAGUCGACUGCUACGAAGGAAUUAUCGGAGACGCUCUGGUUGGUGUCGCUUUUAUCCGCAAUGGUUUCGCUGCAGGAAUGACCUUCGCUACGGCCCCUUUGGUUACCAAUCUCGUCCCCAUGAUCAUCUGGGGCAAGAAGCUGAGAGCACAUUCUGCCAGGAGUUAUGCGAUAUAUGCCGAUCAACAGAGUGACCCUCGAGGUCGGAUAUAG